CCGCGGCCGACGGCCGGGGAGCGCGAGCGCGGGCGGCAGAGGCCUCACCGCCGACCCUGUGGCCGCCUCUCCUUGCUCCGCGCCGCGGUGCAUUUCUUUCCCUUUCCUUUGUCUCGUCCCCCUUCGCGGGUGAGGACAUCCUUAGUGAACGAAGUGCAGCCCCAAGAUGGCUGAUGGCAACGAGGAUCUGCGGGCGGACGACUUGCCAGGACCAGCCUUCGAGAGCUAUGAGUCCAUGGAGCUCGCCUGUCCCGCCGAGCGCAGCGGCCACGUAGCCGUCAGCGACGGGCGCCACAUGUUCGUCUGGGGCGGCUACAAGAGUAAUCAAGUCAGAGGAUUAUAUGAUUUUUAUCUGCCUAGAGAAGAAUUAUGGAUCUACAACAUGGAAACUGGAAGAUGGAAAAAAAUUAACACUGAAGGUGAUGUUCCUCCCUCUAUGUCAGGCAGCUGUGCCGUGUGUGUAGACAGGGUGCUGUACUUGUUUGGAGGACACCAUUCAAGAGGCAAUACAAAUAAGUUCUACAUGCUGGAUUCAAGGUCUACAGACAGAGUGUUACAGUGGGAAAGAAUUGAUUGCCAAGGAGUACCUCCAUCAUCAAAGGACAAACUUGGUGUCUGGGUAUAUAAAAACAAGUUAAUAUUUUUUGGAGGGUAUGGAUAUUUGCCUGAAGAUAAAGUAUUGGGAACUUUUGAAUUUGAUGAAACAUCUUUUUGGAAUUCAAGUCAUCCAAGAGGAUGGAAUGAUCAUGUACAUAUUUUAGACACUGAAACAUUUACCUGGAGCCAGCCUAUAACUACUGGUAAAGCACCUUCCCCUCGCGCUGCCCACGCCUGUGCAACUGUUGGAAACAAAGGCUUUGUGUUUGGAGGCAGAUAUCGAGAUGCUAGAAUGAAUGAUCUUCACUAUCUUAAUCUGGAUACGUGGGAGUGGAAUGAAUUAAUUCCACAAGGCAUAUGCCCAGUUGGCCGAUCUUGGCACUCCCUAACACCAGUUUCUUCAGAUCAUCUUUUUCUCUUUGGAGGAUUUACCACUGAUAAACAGCCACUAAGUGAUGCCUGGACUUACUGCAUCAGUAAAAAUGAGUGGAUACAAUUUAAUCAUCCCUAUACUGAAAAACCAAGGUUAUGGCAUACGGCUUGUGCCAGUGAUGAAGGAGAAGUAAUUGUUUUUGGUGGAUGUGCCAACAAUCUGCUUGUCCAUCACAGAGCUGCACACAGUAACGAAAUACUUAUAUUUUCAGUUCAACCAAAAUCUCUUGUACGGCUAAGCUUAGAAGCAGUCAUUUGCUUUAAAGAAAUGUUAGCCAACUCGUGGAACUGCCUUCCAAAACACUUACUUCACAGUGUUAAUCAGAGGUUUGGUAGUAACAACACUUCAGGAUCUUAAGGCUUCAUAGACAAUGUCUCUGAUCACUUUGCAUGGACAGCAAUCCUGUAAACAUCACAGAGUGGCAUCAUUUGUAUAAUUGUAUGCAUUGGUGUAGUUUGCAGCUUUUUGGUUUUAAUGUGCAUGUGAAUGGCCUAGAGAACCUAUUUUUGUGUCUAAAGUUUAAAAUAAAUGUAUUUAACAUCAGUAACUGUCCUCUAUUAAAGCAAAAGGAAAACAAUGCUUGGGCUUUUUACCUCAAA